UUGAGGGAUUAAUCACUAGUUAGUGUGGCACAUGGCUGUGGCUCCAGGGCCAAGUCUUUCCCGAGGCUGACAGAUUAGCCGCCCGCCGCCUUUCUUCCCCCCAAUGCGGAGGAGCCCGGGAAUUCAAAGAUCAAAGUCCCGCUCCAGCGGGGAACUUCGAUGAGCCGAUCGCAAUCGCGCGCAUCCUCGCAAUCUCUAGUUACAGAUCAACGCCGCAACAAAAGAAACCGAACUCCGUUUUCUGCCCACACGCGCCCGUGCUUCCGAACGCCUGCCACUUGCAACUUCCCCUAGCGCAUCCCGAGCCAGUCCAAAUAAUUAAAGUCAGCAUCGAUCCGGAUCUUACGCAACGGUUUUGCGCCCAGCGAUCAAUGACGGAGCAAAGCGCAGCGCAACCGGGUACAGGCCCUGAACACCAACCGAGCAACGGGACGGCCGACAAGUUGCGUUCUAGCAUACCGGAGGGGGAACAUACGCGGAACGAUGCCAAUGUGAAGGAGGAAUCUCAGAGUACACAGGGCCCCAAAUCUGAAAUGGCUGCGGUGGGGGCUCACUCUAGCCCGAAGAAGCGCCGCAAGGUGAAUCACGCAUGCGUUUACUGUCGGCGAUCGCAUAUGACUUGCGACUCGGAACGACCUUGUACACGAUGUAUAAAGCGGAAUAUCGGCCACUUGUGCCACGAUGAACCUAGAGAGUCUUCCAAACGGUCCCGGAGCGAGAACGAACAUUCGGCUGCGGACGACGAAGCUUCUUCAAACAACGAAUAUCCAUGCAUUCAGGGAAUGCACAGAACGGUCGAUGCCCAGGAUGCUGCCGGUCAGCAAAUCCUUCCCGAUGGGACUAUCGGCCUAUCGGCCGCCUCCGUGCCUUCUGUGCAGCAGCCUGGGAAUAUGUCUUCUUCCGUGAUGCCUUUCAAUGAAUGGAUUGGCGGACAAAGUCAAUUUCAAGACAUGCACUCCUUCCAUCCUUCGUACAUGUUCAAUGCGCCCGAGGUCACGAACGAGUACAAUCUUCUUGGAGAUUUUCUAAGUAACAGUCUUCUUGAUGAUGGAUCUGUUUUCCAGAACGAGGAUUUGCAUGGAAUCUAUUCGGACCCGACGUUGAUCAACUCAAUGGCCACCUUAGGCGGAUCGAAUGCGUCUAUGCUCCAGAAUCAACCGCCACAGUCUCAGCAGAAUCAGCCAGGUCAGCAAACCCAGGGCGAGCCUGUUCAGGGCCCUGCCCCUGCAUUGGGCAACGACAAAGCAAGAGAAACCUAUUAUAUGACUGCAGCAGAUCCGUCUGGGUCGGAUCCGCCAGAGGAGCGCAUGAACAAACUCCUUAAAGCGAAAUAUGAUGCAGGUCUUCUGAGGCCAUUCAACUAUGUCAAAGGUUAUGCGAGACUGAAUCAGUACAUGGAAAGACACCUUCAGCAAGCGUCCCGGCAAAAAAUCCUUCGACAACUGGACAAGUUCCGCCCUAAGUUUCGGGAGAGAAUGCAAAGCUUGACUGAUAUCGAACUUAUAUUGGUGGAGAUGUGGUUUGAACGAAGUCUGAUGGAGUACGAUCGCGUUUUCGCUAGUAUGGCCAUCCCUGCUUGCUGCUGGAGACGAACGGGAGAAAUAUUCCGUGGAAAUAAGGAGAUGGCAGAGCUGAUCGGCGUUCCGAUUGAGUCCUUGCGCGAUGGCAAAUUAGCUAUCCAUGAAAUCGUCGUGGAAGACCAGCUUGUGAGCUACUGGGAAAAGUUCGGGGCGAUUGCCUUUGAUAGUACCCAGAAAGCAAUGCUCACAAGCUGCACAUUGAAGAAUCCUAACUCUACGUCGCCUGGGGACGGUAUUCCCUGCUGUUUCUCCUUCACUAUCCGGAGAGAUAACCACAAUAUACCAUCCCUCAUCAUCGGAAACUUCUUACCUUCGCAAAGAAAAGGGAAAUGAAGCCCACCUACUUUCUUUUUACUUGCCAUUGCGUUCAAUUGGGUAUUGGGUACGGAGUCAGUCAUUUCAACCUUGACAUAUUGCUUUUGGUACAUAGAUAUCCAUUUCUUUGUCAUUUUGCUUCACAGGCGCGGUGCUAUAUCCCCUCCAUUCUUAUAGCUACCCAGUAUGAGAAAUGUACCAUAAUUUGGACUCGAAGUGUGGAAUUCGUCAUUUGUCCGUUAGAAGUCAGUGCCGUACAGAUAAGGACUAGACCGGUCAGGUGGUUGUCCGCCAG